UUAUCAUUUUCUUCGCGGAGACGCUUGUCUUUGUUUUCACUCACUGACGAGGUGACCCAUCUCUUGAGUUUCGAUACUCCAUGCCUAAGUAAAGUAGAGGAAAGGAGGAUGAGUAUUUUUUAGAAGGAUUGUCGAGUUUGUUUUUAAGGUGGAUCUUGAAUAACAACUUAUAACAAUUUGAGAGAAAUUAUGGCCGCUGCUAAAGGACAGUCGUUGUACUACUUUAAAAAACCGACACGCUGGACUUCCGGCAUCGGUUUGGAAUUACCUGAGGCGUAUAAGAAAUUUUGGAAAGAAUGGAAAAUGCAGAAACCAACCGCGGUUCAUUAUAUCGAGGAACAAGGGAAUUGGAAAAUAGAUGAGCGAUCGGGACAAGUGGUUCCGGUGCAGAAUGUUCCGCUUCUAGUGCAGUAUCCUAAGGAGCAAGACGAAGGAAUAUGGGGUGGAGAGGGAGUCGUUCAGGGCUUUCAAAAGCGAAAACCAAAGAGGAGAAGAGUUCCUCAUUUCUGGGUUCCCUCUCUUAGAAGGACCGUUAUCUAUAGCGAAGUGUUAAACAUGUACACGCGUACCAACGCGACGGAGAGGGCCCUUCAGUUAAUUCACGAGAAUUAUGGUUUAGAUCACUACUUGCUAAAGACGCCUGCGUGUGAUUUAAAGUCGUUGCUUGCUCUAAAAAUCAAAAGACAAAUCCUUAUAGCUUUGGCCGAUAAAAACCUUUACCAAGAAGAGCCAGAAAAGCAAGAAGAAAUAUACACAAAGUAUCGGCAAUAUUUAUCAGCUUAUACGAGAGAAGAAAUCGAAUGGUACGGCCUGUCGUACCCGGAAGCAUGCAAGAAGUGGGUCACUCAGAAAACAGAGUUGAACAAACCGCAGCCUCUUAAACUACAAUUCAGAUCUGAUUUGAUUCAAAAACUUAAGGAAAACAAAUUGGAAGGCAUCACCAAAGGGGAUAGUGCAGAGUCGAGUAAAUCGUGGAUAUCGAAGCUCAACCCCUUUUCGAAAAGUUCGAAGACUCAGUGAGUACGUUUUCGCGACUAGUUCAGCUGUUUCUUUUGUACAUAUAAACGUAUGUGAACACGGGGCUGUGAGAAUAAACCGAUAACCAUGGC